CGUCCUGGCAAAUGCACGGGAUAGGUUGGUCACUGAUAAACGACCGACGGCGCACUCCGUUUGCCAUUUCUGGUGAACGGCGCACACCAGGAAAUUCUAACCAUGCCAGGUUCUACCUGUGCUGUUGCCCCAUGGGAGGAGUAGGACAAGCCGUGAAAAGACAAGACACUUCCUUGUAGACGUCGUUCCUCCGUGCCAGACUCCUCUAAUACAGGACCAUCUCCGGCAACUUAAGGACGCCGCUGAAGCGGUUCACUAUCUUGAGGAUGGCACUGGCCGGCUCGGAAUCCAUGGACCAGGACGGACACGGAGAGACUUUCGCACUCCGAGCUGUCAGGAUAGCGGCUGUGGUAGCGCUGUACUGGUUCGUGUCGAUAACAAUGGUGUUCCUUAACAACUACCUGCUGGACAACCGGGACUUGGACGCGCCGCUGUUUGUCACUUUUUACCAGUGUGUGGUGACGGUUGGGCUGUGCUGGCUCAUGCAGCUGCUGUCCAAAUUGUGCCCGGGGCGCAUCGACUUCCCGUCGUUCAGAUUCGACGUGAAGACGUCGCGGGAGGUCCUGCCGCUGUCCAUUGUGUUCAUUGGCAUGAUCACCUUCAACAACAUGUGCCUGAAAUACGUCGGGGUGGCUUUCUACACAGUCGGCCGGUCACUCAGCACCGUUUUCAACGUGCUGUUAUCGUAUGUUGUCCUGAAACAAACCACGUCUUUCCAAGCCUUACUGUGCUGUGGGAUCAUACUAGGUGGAUUCUGGCUGGGUGUGGACCAGGAAGGCAUGGCAGGGUCCCUCUCCAUGUCAGGGGUCUUUUUUGGGGUACUGGCCAGCGCUUGUGUCUCCCUCAAUGCCAUCUACACCAAGAAGGUGAUGCCAGCAGUGGAUGGAAACAUCUGGAAACUGUCCUACUACAACAACAUCAAUGCCUGCGCCCUCUUCCUACCGCUCAUUCUUGUGUUUGGAGAGUUCGGUCGUCUCGCCAGCUUCAGCCACCUCACUGACCUCGGGUUUUGGGGUAUAAUGACACUCGGUGGAGUGUUUGGUUUCGCCAUCGGCUACGUCACAGGUCUCCAGAUCAAGUAUACCAGUCCACUGACACACAAUGUCUCAGGGACAGCAAAAGCCUGCGCCCAGACUGUUAUUGCAGUGGUUUACAACUCUUCCAGUAAAAGCCUGCUGUGGUGGACCAGUAACAUGAUGGUUCUUGGUGGCUCGUCAGCCUACACUUGGGUCAAAAGUCUAGAAAUGAAGAAGACUCCCUGCAAAGACACUCAGGAGUCAGCCAAGGAAAAACUGCUUCCAAGGGAGAGAGGCAACAUGGGAGUAUAAUCAUUCAAAGCAGAGGCUGAGAAACCUUCAGCUUUUAUCCCUGUGGUGUGACAAUGUGAAAUCAUGUAACCUAUUAUAUUUAAAGCUUCAUAUUCAUUUGAGGCCUUUUACAAUAAUUUUUAAUUGACAUGGCUGGAAAAUGUGAUGUCUUUUAAUGAUCUAGUCUACAACUGAAGGAAAAAAUCAAGUUUUUAUUCACAGGGCGGGCAUAAGGUACGUAUUUACCCAGUUUGAGGGUGUUGGCAUCAUUGAAAUAGAAACUUUUCUAUACCUACUGUUUAAUUCUGAUUGUGAUAUUUUUUAUUUUUUAGAGAGGAUGUCAAACACGCAAAUUGCCGGCAUUUUUUUAUGAAAAUAUGUCACUAUCAUGUCAAUGCUUUAAGGGUAGCCUUAAGAACUUAAUUGUUAUCUCAAACAAAGCCAAGACAACAGGAUAUCUGUAAUAUCCUGUAAUGUAUACAGGAUACGACAGACAAGAUAAUCAGAAUCUUCUUGUCAGUGGGACUAACAUGAGAUAGUCCUUUUACCUCCAAAGAAAACAGUACGUCAGCAUUUUGAACUGUUGCAGCAACAAACUUGUGCACUAUUUGCUACAGUACACUAUAUUUCUGGACUGAGUCAAACUUUGUAAAUACAGGCAGUGACAUUAGGUCUAUGGAAAAUGUGCGCAUUUUCAAAACAAAAGUGGGACAGUCUGAAAGAGACCCCUAGGUCUCACAUUUCACGUGGUGUUCUUAUGACUCAAACAGGACUUACAGGUGCCGGUAUAUUUACAUGUCACAGCAAUGUACAAAUGCUUCACAGCUGAGAAUCCUUUGUUUGCGCUUGUCAUUCACUCUUAACUCGUGUUUUAUGGCAAGUCUGAAGGCCUGAGAAUGUUUGGGUAAAAUAUUAUCUGUUUUCAAAACCAGCUUUACAGAAUGUCUUUAAAUCAUUGCAAUAUUUCAGUUUAAUAAAAACAGUGUCGAGGGGCUUAUUUAAAAGAAAAUAUUAAAGACAAUAUACAAUUCA